AGGAGGAGGAGCCCAUGAGCAGCUCUGGCUUCCCGGCGCGAACGGGGCCGGGGCUUAAUUCAAACGCCUAUGUCCAUUAAACCUGUUUAUAUCCCUCUUGUUAUUCUUAGUGCCUGGGAAGGGAAGGGAAGGGAAGGGAGUGUCCGACUUAGCCCCAGCCAGGGAGGGAGCCAUGCCGAUGAGCAGAGCCCAGUACGAGGAGGUCGCCCGCUCCGCCGCCCAAGGGCCGCCCACCAGGCAGAGCCUCAGGAGGCUCAGGGAGAGCUUCCCCAGUCAAUCGCAGUCCACUCUGCUGAGCAUCUUCUCCCAGGAGUACCAGAAACUGAUCAAAAGAACACAUGCCAAACAUCACACUCCAGAAGCUACUGAAGCUUACUAUCGAAGGUACCUGAAUGGAGUGAUAAAAAAUGCAGCCUCUCCUGUAUUAUUGGAAAUUGCCAAUGAGGUGGGUUUUGCUCCAUCAUUGAUGGCUCGAAUAGUGUUGGAAAGAUUUGUACAAGAACAAGAUGGAUCAAUCCCUUCCAAAACUCUUAUAAACAGUAUGUUGCGGGACCCUUCUCAGAUUCCAGAUGGAGUCUUAGCCAACCAGGUCUAUCAGUGCACUGUGAAUGACUAUUGUUAUGGACCACUGGUGGACUGCAUCAAACAUGCAAUUGGACAUGAGCAUGAAGUCUUACUGCAAGAACUGCUUUUGCGGAAAAAUAUAUCUUUUUUAGCUGAAGAUCAGUUACGUGCAAAGGGUUAUGACAAAACACCAGACUUCAUAUUAGAAGUGCCAGUAGCUGUAGAAGGUCAUAUCAUUCAUUGGAUUGAAAGUAAAGCUUCUUUUGGUGAUGAAUGCAGCCAUCAAGCUUACCUACAUGACCAAUUUUGGAGUUACUGGAACAGAUUUGGACCUGGACUAGUUAUCUAUUGGUAUGGAUUUAUUGAGGAGUUGGAUUGUCAUCGCAAUCGUGGUAUCUUGCUGAAAGACUGCUUUCCUGAAGACAUAGUUACUCUUUGAGACAACAUGAGUGAACAGUGAAUGGAAGAAAAUUUAGAGGAAAAGGAGAAUCCGGAAGCAAUUUUAUUUUCCUCCAAUAUAAACUACUGGCAACAUCUGCACUGAACUUGGGUUGAACUCUUACUGCCUGGGAUCACCCUACUAGUCCUUUAGAUAAACACAUCAAGGGUUUCUGUUUUACUUCAACCCCUCUACUGAUGCAAGCAGCCAAAAGCUACAGACACAGCCCAAACAUUAUCAGCAUUUCUGUCUCUAUCAAACAGUUUAUAGAUAGCUAUAAUCUUUCUUCCUUCCGGAGGGCUUCUCCUUGCACUUUCAACAAAAGAAAUGUUGGAGGCUAAAAGGUGUGGCUUUCAGUUUUCCUCCCUGUUAUGAAGUCACCUCAGAAAAAUGCCUUCUGUCACAAACCUUUUUCUGGCCAGUGUUAAAAAUCAAGCUAACACAAACUUGGUUAGUACUAGAUAGCCAUUCUUAAGGUUUGUAUUUUGCUAGGAUAACUCAUAAAAUGGGGGGGGGGAGCAUAACAUCUGGCAAGGCAUUGUUUUAACUCUGAACUUCCUGGCUUUCAAGGCACAAAGUCAAACGACUGACACUUUUAAUGUAAUUUUAAUUGCUGAUAUAUGAGCUACUGAUUUUCAUGUUGUUAUUGGCAAAAGAUAAUUGUAGGAUUUUUGUUUCCUGAAAAAUGUUUCAUGUCAGAUCAUGAAAUUAGAACUCAAAAAUGUUUGUAGUGUAUGUUAAAAUAUAGGGGACAUUUUAGUGCAUAUGUUUUAAAGUGAAAUAAAGUGAAAUCUGUUUGAACAUAGGUCUCUUAUCCAGGAAAUCUUACUUGUUUAUUUGUUUGUUUGUUUCUCAGAACAAGGUACAGCCAAUAAAACCAAUAUGCAACCAUCUAAUCAAUGCAAAAAAAUUUAGAACAACCUAAGCAAUUCAAACAGAAGAAAACAAGCACUGAUAAUCUGGAAAUCAACCCAUGAUCUUAUUAGAAUUAUAGAGGUGGAAGAGACCACAAGGGCCAUCCAGUCCAACCACCUGGCAUGCAGGAACUCACAAUCAAAGCAUCCCUGAUAAAUGGCC